AACCAAUCAAAACGAAGAGCUUUCUAAAUCAGCCAAUAAAAGUGCAUAAUUGAAGAUUCUGAAAAAUCCUGAAUACUUUUGUAGUUCUGCAAUGGAGGACCACGGCAUGAACCGCAUGCAGGAGCUGCUGAGCAGCUACUACGGGCUGCAGGACCAGGAGAGCAGGCAGGAACAGCUGCGCAACAUCGAUUCGCCUGGGUUUGACCCCAAGAUUUACGUCAAGGUGCGCUCCAGUCGCCCUUACAGCCAAAUGUAGCCAUCUUACGCGUCUCUCUGUAGGAGCUGCUGGAGACUCGUGGGCUUAAUGAUCUUCUGGCAACGGACGACCAGCUGAUCCGUGAGAUCAAAGAGCUUGACACCAACAUGCAGAUGCUCGUGUACGAGAACUACAACAAGUUUAUCAGUGCCACAGACACGAUCCGCAAAAUGAAGAACAAUGUGGCCAGUAUGGAGGACGAAGUGGGUCGUGUGGUCAAGAGUAUGGACACCAUUACUUCCAAGAGCGAGAGUAUCAACGUAGCUCUGGCUCCACACCGCUCUAAAGUUGAGAAACUCAUCGGUGUGCGGAGAUUACUCAAGAGGUUCGAGUUCAUUUUUGAAUUGCCUCAGAGAUUGAACACGUACGUGAUGGCGAAGGGAAUAUACACUGUUGUUUUGUGGCUGAUUGAAGUGUAGUGCUGUGAAGCAGAAGGAGUACGCCAAUGCUACCAAGUAUUAUCUGUUGGCACGUCGGAUUCUGGGGAGAUAUGAGCAUAUUUCGUCCUUCAAAGCGAUUCAAGUGGAAGCAGAGAAAAUUAUACAGCAGCUUGAGCGUCUGCUGAAAAAGCGGAUGCUGGAUACCACGCUCGAGUCAGAGGAGGUAAUAGUGAACAUCUCUUUCGUGUACAUGAAGUAUGCAGCUGAACUCGUUGCUUGGACAGCUCUGCGACACGGUAGUGCUUUUGCAUCAACUAGAUGCGUGCAACGACGAGAUCCGAGACCAGUUUUUGGAGUGGCAUCAAGCGUAUUUCGAGCGAGCGGUGGCCAUGUUUAAGGCUCAAGGCACAGCCACAUCUGUCCUUGAUUUCCUGCAAAGAUUUAAUGCAGACGUCCUCACGAAAAUGGGCCGCGUAUUCUCAGUGUAUAAAACCCACUUUAUGCCCGAAGUCGUCGCGCGCGAGAAAUUGUCACCGUCCCGCAAGUCUUCCGAUGCAGUUCGAGACGACUUGUUCCUGAGCUUUGUGAAAGAGCUGUUUGCGCUGUAUCUGGGCGAAUGCGUUGUCCAGUUCCAGCGUCCUCACACUGACUUUGGAUCAACGGAUGAAGUCCUCGACGUGCUACAGGACGAUACUUUCUCGUCAGCUGUCGUUGAAAGCGAGUACUUUGUGUUUAUGCGCGUGAUGAAGCACUUCGUCGCACAAGUUCAGGAAGUGGACAGAACCAUCCCGAUGUGUGGACUCGCAGCGAAUGCCGCUGAAAUCGUGGAGAGCUGUGUGCGUUUCCAGAUCGAGGGCGUGUUCAGAAAGCUACGCGAGGAUACGUGCGAGUUGUUUGUCACUUCUCACGAAGAUGUGUGCGGUUUGGGACGAAGCUCGCGUGAUGGUGGACAAAGCGUUCAACCUUUAGCACAGCAUUCCGCAAGGGAAUUUACCGACAUGAUGCAGAAGGUGCUGCAGCACAUGGAGCCCAUGGUGCAAACAGGUUUUGCGAUUCUCUCGGAGCUCAGUCGACUCUUCUCUGACUUGGUCCAGAGCCAAUUUUACGAUUUUCUCAAGUGGUUUAACGCGUCAGUGCUUCAAUAUGCGGAGCCCAAGCGGGCAUUUAGUCAAGCAAACGGAUUGCUUGGUACUUGGGAAGAGCAAGACAACAUAGCGCUUCCAUUACUGGAAUCUACUCCCCAGUUCUUGCUGUUUCUCGCUUGCAUGUGCCAAGAGCUGUCGACUGAGGGUAUUGGUGAGUGUGUGCGUGGACUCAUUGAGUGUUUACCGGCACCACUGUCUCCGUCGAGAUCUUCCGAGUCGAUUGGUAGCCGGCGGAUGAACCAGCAGGACGUAACGCACAUGAUCGAAGUGACCCGUGAGUCCUCAGUAGAGCUACUGCAGCACGUUGCGAAGCAUUACGGUAACCAGUUGUGUGUGAUUGUUCACAAUGGUGUGGUUGCUACGUCGUGGGCUGACAUGGAUGAAGAACCAAGGAGUGUACAGGAAAUGAUGGCAGCGGUAGUCGAAGCCACGUUUCGAUUCGGCAAGGAAGUCGCGCUGGCACUUAGCGAUGACCAGAGCAUCUUUAUUGGCACCAACAGCCGCACUGCGAGCCGCGACUUCCGUCGGCGUGCGAGUGCUUUGCGGUCCCGCAAUGCUGGAGUGGCCAGUGCAACGUCGGGCAUGCAGCUGGACGUUGAUCGGAUCUUUGCGCGCAAAAUCCACAUCUUUCCGUCGCAGCUAGAGCUCACAACGGAUGCAUUCGUUCAGACCAUGCUUAAAAUGUGCAUCAAGGCCUUCAGUGAGUGGGUGAGGCUGCUGGAGCUGUCCAAAUUCGGGUUGCAGCAGAUUCAACUGGAUGCCGAGUUUUUACGCAGCACUUUGAUGCACAUCGUGGUGGCUGGCGAAGCUGAGGAAGAAGUGGAGAGUCUUUUGUCUGAUCUUCUGUCGAAUGCUCGUGCUCGUGCUGUUGAAGACGUGCUGAUGGAUCAAAGCAACGUUGUGGCCAUUGUGAGCACCAAGAGCACACAAGUUCUGUCACGUCGAGGAUGAACGGAUGGCUUUGUCUCAGUGUGUCUCAGUGGAUAGCAGGGCUUUCAAUACUUUCAUUUGUCUUAACUACGUUCUGUUUGCUUACAGUGAUUGUCUAACAUUUUGAGUUCUGGUAUUCGUUCUGGUGAUCAAGCAGACGUCUCGUGCUUGCAAUGCGCUCCACAAGCUUGCGAGAGCUGGCUCCA